CCCCUGGGCGCGGCCUGCAGGGGGCAGGCGAUUGCCCAGGGAAGCCGGGGCAAGAAGAGGGCCGGCGUCCCAGCAGCUCCCGCUCCGCCGCGGCAACAGGGACAGCUCUGCGCCCGCCCGCCCGCCCGGUGCGCCCUCCUCGACCCGUGGACUCGCGCUGCUGCCCCGCCGCUGCCAUGUGUGCGGCUCGGACGCCACCGCCGCUGGCGCACAUCUUCCGAGGGACUUUCGUCCACUCCACCUGGACCUGCCCCAUGGAGGUGCUUCGCGAUCACCUCCUCGGCGUGAGCGACAGCGGCAAAAUAGUGUUUUUAGAAGAAUCAUCUCAGCAGGAAAAGCUGGCCAAAGAAUGGUGCUUCAAACCGUGUGAGAUCAGAGAGCUGAGCCACCACGAGUUCUUCAUGCCGGGCCUGGUUGAUACACACAUCCAUGCUCCUCAGUACGCCUUUGCUGGAAGCAAUGUAGACCUGCCACUGCUGGAGUGGCUGAACAAGUACACAUUUCCUACAGAACAGAGGUUCCAGAGCACUGACCUCGCUGAAGAAGUCUACACCAGAGUUGUUAGGAGAACACUAAAGAACGGUACAACCACAGCCUGCUACUUUGGAACAAUUCACACUGACUCAUCCCUGAUCCUUGCGGAAAUUACAGAUAAAUUUGGACAGCGAGCCUUUGUGGGCAAAGUCUGCAUGGACUUGAAUGACACUGUUCCAGAAUACAAGGAAAGCACCGAGGAGUCGGUCAAGGAGACAGAGAGAUUUGUGUCAGAGAUGCUUCAGAAGAACUACUCAAGGGUGAAACCCAUAGUGACCCCGCGCUUUUCCCUUUCCUGCACUGAGAACCUGAUGAGUAAACUUGGCAACAUUGCCAAGACCCAUGAUCUGCACAUCCAGAGCCAUAUCAGUGAAACACGUGAAGAAGUUGAAGUUGUGAAAAACUUAUACCCUGGCUACAAAAACUACACAGAUGUCUAUGAUAAAAAUAAUCUCCUGACAAACAAGACAGUCAUGGCACAUGGUUGUUACCUUUCUGAAGAGGAACUCAACAUCUUCAAGGAACGAGGAGCGUCCAUUGCACAUUGUCCCAACUCAAACUUAUCGCUGAGCAGUGGCUUACUGAACGUGCUUGAAGUCCUGAAGUGUAAUGUGAAGAUAGGGCUGGGAACAGAUGUGGCUGGUGGUUACUCCUACUCCAUGCUUGAUGCCAUCAGAAGGGCAGUGAUGGUUUCCAAUAUCCUCUUAAUUAAUAAGGUGAAUGAGAAGAGUCUCACCCUCAAAGAAGUCUUCAGACUAGCCACUCUUGGAGGAAGCCAAGCCCUUGGUCUAGACAAUGAGAUUGGAAACUUUGAAGUUGGCAAGGAGUUUGAUGCCCUCUUGAUCAACCCCAAAGCAUCAGACUCUCCUAUUGAUCUGUUUUAUGGGGAUUUUGUUGGUGAUAUUUCUGAUGCUGUUAUCCAGAAGUUCCUCUAUCUAGGAGAUGACCGGAACAUUGAGGAGGUUUAUGUGGGUGGAAAGCAGGUGGUUCCGUUCUCCAGCUCAGUGUAAGAAGACCCGUGGGCAUCCAUGAUAUUCUCCUGGAAUGACAUGGUUCUGCAUCUUCCUUGUGCCCGGGUGCCAGUUAGAAAGUAUAUUUAAAAAAAAAAAGUAUUGUGUUCUUCAGAUGACUUCUGUUUCUAUGUCUGCUUCCAGUGCUCACUUGGUAAAUCGUGCAAAGGAAGUGACAUGCUCCUUGACCCUGGUGGGGAGCAUUCAAAAUUCCAUGAUGGUGCCUACUUCGGGGCUGCUUAGAUUUGUGUUAGGCUCAUGCAGAAGGCAGUGUUAAUAAUGGGCGCUGUGCUUCUACUAUUGAAAUCAAACCUUUCUGUGCAGGGAAAUACGGUGCAAAGAAAUAUCCCUAUGUAGUUAGACAUUCUGAGCUAAGUGAAAAGUAGGAGACUCCAUGUGCCCCAUUGAGUAGGUUUUUAUGCGAGGGCACAAGCUAGACGGUGAACAGAUGUUGGAAAAAAAACAUUGAUUGUGCUUGGAAAUUAAGUACUGAAAACAUCCAUGUAAAAAGAGAACUUAUUGGAUUUUAAAAUGUGCUUCUAGGUUGACCUUAUCUAUGGAAAUUUGCACUUUAUGGAAUUUGCAUUUCAGAGAUGUGUUAUUGUUAUGUGUUGCCUUCUUUAGGGAUGAAUGGCAGAACCCGAAUGCUACAUGCUUUUUCAAAUAUAGUUCUAUGCUUCAAAGUGUUUGACAGAAGCUGAGUAUUAAAGAUUUACAGUGUCUUAGGGAUAGUAUUCAUAUAGCCACAUGGCAUAAAUAGUUGUGUUUUUGUGUCCUUCAAAGUCACCUUGAUUUCUGGCUGUGCGGUGUUACAGUUGCUUCUAUUUUAUUAGAUGAGAAAAAAGCCCCGCGUGCUGCUGCUGUCUAGGCUAGGGUCUCCAUAAAUCGGGGGAAUACUGUACCCCUGGGAGCUGUUAGCAGUGACAGGACAGGGCUCUCUGCAGUGCCCCAUCUACUCAGCACAGUGGGUCAUUGUUGCUGUGAACUUUGCCCUCCUAUCAGUGUGCUACAACUUAAAAGCCAAGUGCAAGUCCCUUUAAGAACUAUAGAUAAGGCUCUGAAUUAAAAAUACCCUGUUUUUCUAAUUUAUCAGAUUGUCGCUUGAAUUCCUUGAGGUUUUUCUAGCAUCAAAACCUUAGUAUAAUGAGAAGGUUAUAGAAAUUCCAUGUAAUGCUUCUAUUAGCAGGACUUGCUAUUCUAGACAUGAAGGAAAAAUAAACAAAGGAGGACAUUUUAGCUUCCCUAACUACACAAUGUCCCUUCUUAUAACAAUGAAACCAGAUUACAACCGCAUGGCAGAUUCUUAGGAAGCAGUGAUGUGAGUUCUACAUUUUCUUAAUUUAUUCCACACUCUAUAAACAAACAAAAACAGGGAGCAGGUUUUGUCGACAUAUCAUUUCAUUCCCAGGGCUUAGGCGAGUUUCCGUAUUAUCCUACAACAGUUCUUAGGUGAUAGAGCUAAUUCCGUGUUAGCACGUGUUAGCAAGUCCGAGAGCACACAGUUCCUCCGCUGCCCUGUAAACCUCAGUUUCACAUCGCAUGCCAACUCGGCAGUAAUUUGUCCCGACCUGUUUUCCUGGCAGAAGCACUUCUGGAUGUGGUUGUGUAUACAUUACAUCUAAAGAUGGCACAAAUAUUUAGUCUCAUUUAGUUUUAGCUUUUUUUAAAAAAAAGACAAGAGUUAUUUUGCGUGUAUAUGUGUGUGUUGGGGGGAUAGAAAUGGAUAGAACCAAUUUCUGGUCUUAAUCUUCCAGCACACCAGUAACAUCAAAAUGAUCUGCCAAAUCCCCUCCCCCAUGUCUCUCUGAGUUUGGCAAAGUGUUUUCUGCUGUGUCUUUGGACUCUUACCAAAGGAACUUAGUUGCAGGGAAUCUCACCUGAGUGACGUGGGCCUGGGAGCUUUGGUGUGGGUUGAGUAAGAGUUCUGCCAGUCAGCAGCUGCUUCCAACCUUCGCAGACCCCACACUCCUCUUCCUUAAGGGUGUGCAUUUUGAUAUUGAGCAUCAGCUUUUAUUUAAACUUAAGAUUCACGCACAGUAACAUACAUAUGUGUAAUUCUGGAAGCAGGAAUAACAGUCAUUUGACACCAUCCGGUCAGGCAUCCAGAUUAGUCCUGAUAGUGUGUUAUAAGCUGAAUAACUUCUAAUAAAAACAAUGUGUUGAAGUGUUUACAUGUACUUUGAUCUCCCUGCAUCCCUUAUAACUUAUGAGUUUUAUUCUCCCAAGUGAAGUGUUCCUCAAUGUGUGACUUAUGCCGUUUCAGUGCCCCACACAAGGGGUCAGAUGUCCUGCACUUUGAAAUGUUGACUUUCUGAAUUAUAGCCAGCACUAUUCCUAGCCUAUCCCAACUGUCACUUUUUGUUUGGAUGGUUUGCUCUCUUUAGAAGAAAGGGAGAAGGAAAAGGAAGGAAGAAAAGAAGGGAGGAAAGGAGGAAGGAAGGAAGAUUAAAACAUUAUCCCUCCUACUCCAUAUCAUUUAACUUGUUUCUCUAGAAUUUUUGAUUAACUUCAUUGUAAAAGGUUAAAAAGAACUGAAAAGUAUCAUGUGUAUUACAUUUCCAAAAUUUCUUGUAACCAAAACACAAAAGUAGGCUAAUCAAGUUAAAUUUGAUUUGGUGGGGGAGGCAUUAAAAAUAAGAGAUUAGGACCCAAAGGGUUUUUCUAUUCUACUGGGCCAAAGAGACUGGACUUUCCUCUGUGGCAUUGUCUUAGCUGGCUCUUUCCUUGCCCUGUCAAAGACUUUAGAAUCCAAGAAGAUGUCUACCUUCACACCAGGAGGAGGCCUUUCUAAGUUAAUUCUGUGAACAUUUAAUCUCUUUUCUUCUUCAGUGAGAAAUUUCCAAGUUAAAGGAAAAGAAAUGGUGGAAACCCCCUUCUUCCUUGCUUAGCUGAUUUUUUGAAGUGUUCCCUUGGCUAUCUCUUUGGCAAAUGCUCUGAAAUUUUACAGAGGAAACAUAACGGCUGUGGGAUCUGGCAGUGUGUUCUAUCUUCACUCCCUACCAGAUUAUUCCUAUUUUUAAACUUUUUUGCUCCAGAAGCAGACAUAUGGGAAGCCUUCAAGGCGUGCUGGGAAGAGCAUUGUAUCAGUUCCUCCUUUUAUAUGCAUGUGAGGAAGGUACCUAGAGCUGAAUGCUUUUGGAGCUUGGUGGGCAUUUUUUAACGUUGCUGCUGCUGUUGUUGCUGCUGGAAUAUUCAGAUACUUUAAGAGAGUGACCUUAGCUAUUAACAAAUAGAAUGAGAGGCAUAGCAAGAGCAAUGACUUGAAAUAAUCUUUAAAUCACAAAGAUUCUAUAUAAUAUAUUUAAGAUCGAAAGGAGAUGCUUGCAAUUUCUCUGAUCUACUAGCUGCUGCAGGUAUGACGCCAUACAUUGCACUUUAUUAUGUCUCCAGAGAAGACGUAAUAAAUGUCUUUCUGAAGACCUGGGUGGAAGCAGAUAGGUGAAAAGUCACUGAGAAAGAAAACAAAACAAAACUCUUGACAUUUGUCGCCAUAAAAAUACCCCCCAAAAUUCUUGAUUGCCGCUUGUUGCCAUGCGUGUCUCCAAGCCUACCCCAAACGUCCCUGCCCAUCCCCAGCACUGAGCGUGAGAGAGCAAGGGUUGAAGGGUUCGUUUGUGGGUCUAGUCCAAAUGCAGUGACAUGCAAAAGCCAGCCAAGUCAAAGAUGAAGGCUUUUUUUUUUUUACCAGGUUGCUUGAGUAACUGGUAUCAUUAACCUUUGUUACUUGGCAGUGACUCACCUGUCUACUUCUUACCCAGAAACCCUAUCAGCAAUCUUUCCUGACCUUAUUGUUAACCUCUUGAUGGCUGUUCUUAAGAAUAUAGACACACAUGUGAAUGUAGUCAAGGGGACUUCCUUCCCCUCGGUAUUUGUAUGAUUUGCUAAUUGUCACUGUACUGAGUGGGCUCCUUUGUGCAUCAGGAAAAAAAUAUAAUAAACGUGAUUUUGUGUUUGCA